GCCGGGCUGAAGGGGACUCGGCCAGGCGAAGGAACAAAGCGGCGGGGCUGCCAGGUGGCGAGGAGCGGGCUGCGGGGCCAUGGGGGUGCAGGACCGGCCCCAGUGCUUCUUCGAGGUCGAAAUCAACCGGGAACCAGUUGGUCGAAUUAUGUUUCAGCUCUUCUCAGACAUAUGUCCGAAGACUUGCAAAAAUUUCCUUUGCUUGUGCUCAGGUGAAAAAGGAAUUGGGAAAACAACUGGAAAGAAGCUGUGUUACAAAGGCACCACAUUCCAUCGUGUGGUUAAAAACUUCAUGAUUCAGGGUGGGGACUUCAGCGAAGGUAAUGGGAAAGGAGGUGAAUCAAUUUAUGGUGGCUAUUUUAAAGAUGAAAACUUUAUUCUCAAACAUGACAGAGCGUUCCUUUUGUCAAUGGCAAACCGAGGGAAACAUACCAAUGGUUCCCAAUUUUUCAUAACAACAAAACCUGCUCCUCAUCUCGAUGGCGUACACGUUGUCUUUGGACUGGUUAUUUCUGGUUUUGAAGUAAUAGAACAAAUAGAAAAUCUGAAAACUGACACUGCAAGUAGGCCCUAUGCAGAUGUACGAGUUAUUGACUGUGGGGUGCUUGUUACAAAAUCAGCAAAGGAUGCUUUGGAGAAGAAGAAGAAAGUAAGUUCUGACUCAGAAGCUUCAGCCUCCUCCUCCUCCAGUGCAUCGAGCUCUUCAGAAACUUCAUCUGAAAGUGAAGCUGAAAAUGAGAGAAGCAGAAGAAGGAAACGUAAGCGAAGAGCUAAAACCAAACAAUCAAGAAAACGGAGGAAGGAAGAGAGAAAGAAGGAGGAUCCAAGGUGCAAGAGAACCUCAAACCAAAGACGCAGCCUUUCUGACAAGAGUGACAUAACAGAAAAAGCAGCCGACGUUAGCACAAAGAGGGACAAACCUGUGGUACGUCCUGAAGAAAUUCCUCCAGUGCCUGAAAAUAGAUUUUUGCUAAGAAGAGAUGUGCCUGUUGUCAAUGUAGAACCUGAACCGAAGCUUCUUGAUGCUACUCCAGCUCUGACUGACCAAAAACCAUCAGUCUCCAAAUCUGGACGAAAAAUUAAAGGAAGAGGCACAAUAAGGUAUCACACCCCACCUCGGUCACGAUCGUGUUCAGAAUCUGAUGAUGAUGAGAGCAGUGAGACCCCUCCUCACUGGAAGGAGGAAAUGCAGAGGUUACGGACAUACAGACCACCCAGUGGAGAGAAGUGGAGUAAAGGAGAUAAGUUGAGUGACCCAUGUACAAGCAGAUGGGAUGAAAGAAGUGCAUCCCGGAGGUCAAGGUCUUGGUCACAUAACGGUUAUUCUGAUCUAAGUACUGCCAGAUAUUCUAGCCAUCACAAAAAGCACAGGAAAGAGAAAAAGAAGGUGAAACACAAAAAGAAAUCUAAAAAGCAGAAACAUAUCAAGAAACACAAGCAAAUGAAAAGGAAGAAAACAUCAGCCUCAUCCGAUGUAGAAUCCUCUCAUUCCUUCCUUAGAAGGACAAAAUCAUCUUGUGAUCGUGAGAGGAAAUCUCGUUCUUCUUCACUGUCUUCUAGACGUUCAUCCAAAAGAGACUGGUCUAAAUCUGAUAAGGAAGACCAGAGCUCAUCAACCUUAUCAAGCAGAGGGACUCGAUCAUACUACAGGUCCAGGUCCAGAUCCAGAUCUAGGUCUAAAUCAAGAUCUUAUUCCCGGAGAAGUUCUAGAUCAAGAUCAGCUUCUAAAUCAUCACGGUCUCGAAGUAGGUCAAGGUCAAGUUCUAACCCUAGGCAUCAAAAGACAGUUUCCAAUUCUCCACGCAAUGUUUCAACACGGUUAAAUGAAAAUAAGCUGAACAAGACUGCUGAGCCUGUAAGAGCAGUUAUACUCCCAAGUGAAAAAGUUGUCAUACCACCAGUUGUCCCGGAAAACCUCCCUGUCAUUCCCUUAAGUGAUAGUCCACCUCCUUCAAGGUGGAAACCUGGGCAGAAACCAUGGAAGCCAUCUUAUGAACGAAUUCAGGAAAUGAAAGCGAAAACGACCCAUUUAAUACCCACACAAGCUAAUUACAAUUUAGUGGUCAUUAAAGAGGCAAAUGCUUCUUCCUCGUGUCGCAAGCGACAGAGGAGUUCGGAGAGCGACCGAAGCGGUUAUUCCAAAUACCGUAGUGACAGAAGCUCAGAGAGUUGGCCCAGAUCAAGAAGCAGAUCCUCUCGAAGUAGGUCAUACUCAAGAUCUUAUACAAGAUCUAGAAGUCCAUCAAGCUCUAGGACAAAGUCCCAUUCUUCUGGCAGGUCACCAUCACCGAACAAAUACCUCAGCGACAGGUCAGGGUAUAGCGAGUCAACGUCGUCUUAUUCCCUAAGUGAUGAUGAGAGGCACAGAAACAAAAGGAAAUCCACAUCAAGUGAUCAAAAAGCUCGGUCUCUGAAGCUGAGGCAAGAAACAAGCUCUGAAAGUACUCUCCCUUAUAAGUGUACAAAAGACUACGAUGAGUCCUCUCAAGGAUUGAAAGAGAGUGACAGUUUAUCAUCUUCAGACUUCUCGACCGACAGCGAACGUUCUCCCAAAAUGAAAGGAGUCCAAGAAAAGGAAGGUUGUUUUCAAUUAGGUGGAAAUAUUCAGAAAGAGGAUAAAAAUAGCUUAAGUUCUGAGAGAGGGGAGGAGAAAGCCCAGUGUGAGCGGGGUUCUGAUCAUGCUAAAAAGAAAGCAGCCAAGGAGAAAUCUUCUGAGCAACCUAGAGGUGGUGCAAAAACUAAACGAAGAUCCUAUUCAGGUAGUAAAUGGGACUCAGAAUCAAAUUCUGAAAGAGGGGAGGCAAGGCUUAAUAGGGCAGAUUCCAGACCUUCCUCUAGUAAAGAAGAAGGAGAAGCCACAUCAGGAUCUGACACAGAGCUCAGUGUUACCAAAAGGAUAAAAAAAUCAAAUUCUUCAGAAGGUUUUCUGGAUUCUGAUUGUACGUGGAAGACUAGCAAACAGUUGUCGUCUUCUGAAUCUGAGAGUUGUUCUUCUAGCUCAACAAACGUGAGAGGAAAGUCCAAAAAACACAAACAUGGAUCAAAAAAACCUCUCAAAAAAUCACAUUCAAAAAAAGCAAAAGAAAAAUCCAAAGGGAAAAAUGAGAAGAAACACAAAGUCCAGAAAAGAAAAGAAAUGUUUCAUUGGCAGCCCCCCUUGGAGUUUGGUGAAGAAGAUGAUGAUGAUGAGAUAAAUGAAAAGCCAGUUAUCAAGGAUGAUAAAAAAGAAAAGCAGCUUAUCGUGGACAUAAAGGAUAAACAAGUUCAUGAAAAGGAUGAAAUGGUUAAAGAUAAAAUGGGAAACGGUGAAAAGCCCAGUGUGGAUGAAAACCUUUUAGGUAAAAGCACUACAUGUGAUGCCUCACCAGAUCACAGUAGCCUGAAUAAAGAUAGCCUUGAAACAAGUGCUUCAACCAGUAUUUUAAACUCAGGAAUAAAUGUCACCCCUUGCAAAAAUGAGAUGAAACAAGCUGAAGAAAGUAACCAGAAUGGAUUGGAAGAUGUUAUUCAGACAGAUGACAACAUGGAGAUUUGUACUCCAGAUCGUAACUCACCAGGGAAGGUUGACGUGGACAUUUUGUCUCCUGUCAUUCUCACUGCUAAAUCUCAGGCUUUAAGUGCUAGCAUAAACAAAGAUUUACAGGUUGAAACCCCCGAACAAGAUGCUGUCAAACUAGGAAACAAUAUUAUAGAUAUUCUUACUAUUAGAGAAGAAAAAGAAACGGGAAGGCAAGAAAAUAACUGUGUCCCCGUGUCUAGUGCUAAGGACUGUAGUUCAAAAAGUGAAUUUACUGAAAAUCCACAAAGCAAUAUGAUAGAUAACAAAUGGAAGCCUUUGCAAGGGGUUGGUAAUCUACCACCAGCCUCAGUUAGUGCUGCCACAGAAGUAAAAAAUGCAGCUUCAGCACCAGAGCCUAAACCAGCAGGGUUAAGAAUUGAAAUAAAAGCUAAAAAUAAAGUGAGGCCUGGAUCUUUGUUUGAUGAAGUUAGAAAAACAGCAAGGCUAAAUCGAAGACCAAGGAACCAAGAAAGCUCCAGUGAGGAAGAAUCUCCAAGCAGAGAUGACAACAGCCCGUCCAGGAGUCUCAGCAGGUCACGAAGUAAAUCUGAAUCUAAAUCCAGGCACAGAACAAGGUCCCUGUCUUACAGUCACUCAAGAAGUCGAUCCCGAAGUUCUACAUAUUCCUAUAGGUCAAGGAGCUCUACAAGAAGCCGAAGCAGAGGGUGGUACAGUCGAGACCGGUCCAGAAGUCGAAGUAGUUCUUACCACAGUUACAAGAGUCGCAGUCGAACCUACAGUAGAAGUAGAUCCAGAAGUAGCUCUUACGGUCAUCACAGUCGAUCCAGUAGGUCAUACACGUAUGAUAGUUACUACAGCAGAAGUCGCAGCAGAAGUAAAAGGAGUGACAGUUAUCGAAGGUCUAGAAGUUAUGACAGGAGAUCCAGAUCUUACGGCUCUGACAGUGAAAGCGAUCGCAGUUACUCUAACAACAGUCCCAGUGGAAGCAGCAGAUACAGCUGAAAAUGUGUCUUUGAUGAUGGAAACUGUGCUUAAUCAUUUUUUUUUCAGUGUUAUGUUUAAAAACACCCCGUUGUGACAGUGUCCCAAGUGAAGUUGAAGGGUGUUUACCGAGUUAACUGAAACGUUGCUGUUUCACAGUGAACUCAACUGACUGUGUCCUCACAGAGAGAAGUAACUGAGCUCAACUGACUUUCAUUUUUAUGUCAAAUGCUACUUUUACAAAAUGGGGAAAAAAAACCCCACAAACCUCCAACAGUUUUAUUUCCUUGAAUUGGAUUUUCCAAGCCAUGAAUGACACUUAGGUGAAUUUGCUGCCACCAUUUCUCUGGGUGCAGCCAUCAGGGCUGUCUUUCAAGUUGUUAAAACACCUUAGGGCUUUCUGCCUGUUCCUGCUAAAUCUCUGCUAGCAACUGUACAACUGUGAAGAAAAAACUUCUUAGAAAGGCAGCCAUUUCUGGUGUAUUAAAAUGCUUUUUGUAAAUGCUGGAAGAUGGGCUCCCUGCUGUCUUGUGUGUGAAUUAUUGUAUAAAUAUAGUAUUUACACAACAUCUGGGUGAUGAAAACAAAGAUUGCCACUCUGUCUUAAUCCUAGGAAUUAUCACACUGACAAGCAGUGAGCAAAAGUGUGAUGAAGGAGUUUCAAUCUCAAUCUCCAACUUGUCUAAGCUUCUGUGUUUCAGAUGGAAUUUUGUGAUAAACAGCAAUGUUCUGAAGAGUCUAAAAAAAAAGUGUUUCUAAACACUUUUUGCAGUUAAUUUUAAUUCAUAUUACAGUGCUUGGCAUACUUGGGCACAUUUUGAAGUUGAGUGUUGUAAACUGUUGAGUAUAUCAUGAGUUUGUUCAAAACACUUUUUUAAAACUUAAUGUAAUUAUAGGUUUUUUUGAGAAAACAAACCAUAAUGGUUCCUUUAUAAAAUGACUGUAGAUGUAUCCCAUUUGCUAUAGGGAAUAUCAGAUAUUGAUACUGCAGAUAUUGAUCUAUAUAUUAUUAAAGUGAUACAAAAAAAAUACUGUAUGCCUGAUGAAAAAGCAUGGACAAUACUUUAAAGUUUAGUACCAAAAAUGAUGCCAUUUUCCAGGUCAGUGGUUUGCAAAAAAACCCAACAAACCCAACCCAUAGAAUUAAGCUGAAGAGCUUUGAGUAAUUUUUGCAAUAUUCUGAGUUGAUUUUAAAAAGAAUUUGUAAAGUUUUUUUCAGUGUUUAGAAACUUAAGAAACAGUUUUUAAUGGCAUAAUGUGACCUGAAAAGUGGGGUCUGUACUGAAAAAACAGACUGACUUAGCUUGAUUAGAGCUAAUGAGUACUGUUGUAUUAUAACAGUUUUCAUGACUGACUUUCUGUAAUACCUUGAGAUGUUUUCAUUUUCUCAAAUGUUUUCAAAUACUGAAAAUGAUUAUUUUUUUUUUAAGUCUCAUCAGGACCCAACAGCUUUGAAAAUUAAAAGUGGUGAUUUCUUGCUUAGAUGCCAGUUCAUCUUGUCUCUUUUGGCUGAAUUAAGCUCUCCAAAAUUAGCUUUUUGGCACAUUUCUGAAACAUGGAAGUUCAAAGAUAGGUUUGAAGGCUGCACUGAUGCCCUCCAUUUCUGUCCAUGAGUAAGACAUUUGGACCCAGGUUCCUAAAACUAAUUGGUCAUACAGGUGUUUCACUUUCUAGAAGAAUCCAGAAUUCUGGAUUUCCUGCUCUUGUAGUUUAAUGAAAAAGUGUGUUCAUGUAACCCUUUCAAAUCACUAUUUUGGAAGCUGUUUAUGCUUUUUAAGUACAUUUAUUCCUCAAGUCCAUAUACACUUCUGGACACAUCUCUAACAGUAGCAGCCAUUUCAGAGUUCUGAACAAAUAUUUCCUUGCUAACUCCGGGUAAUGUUUGUUGUAGUUCAACUUGAUUUUUUUCCCUUGCUGAGAAAAUAGAACUAGUAGGCUAGUGGUGUAACAAAAUAUACUAAUACAAACAUUGCCAUAUAAUACUUAUUAGAGAGAAAAUUCCUCCAGAAUCAGUCUUUUAUCAUAUCUUGUAUCUGAGUUGACUUUUUAAGGUAAAGGUAAUAGAAUCAAUUAAUUGUAGUUGCCCAAAAUUACUGCAGUGUCACUGAUGUCUAUUUCAAAUCCUGAGUUCAAGCCUUAUAAAGCAAUUCCAUCUGGUAGAUGGUUGAGGGAGGGAUGUGAGGGCAGGACAGGGGGGAGUAUUUUUAUUUAGUGAAGUUAUGAAAUUGUGCUUUGGAUAAGAAAUGCACCCCUGAGCUCAUUUUCUAUGCUCUUAUGUUUUUGCAAUUUUGUUAUUCAAAAGUAGUUGCUGUUUGUAAAAUAAACUUUUGUACAUAUCUGCA